AUGUUCUUACAGUUGACUCUACUUGCAGUAGCGGUCCUUGUUUUGUUCAAAGGCCUCCGGUGGCUAGCUACGAAAUCGCCUCUGCGUCUCGUACGAGGCCCCCCUCGGGCGUCCUGGCGAACAGGCAACCUCCAUCAAGCCCUGGAUCUGGACGGUUGGGACUGGCAUCAGACUGCUUGCGACGAGUACGGUGGUGUAUUUUCGUUUUGGGGCAUGUUUGGAGAAAGACGACUCUACGUGUUUGAUCCUCUGGCGCUGUAUCAUGUUCUUGUCAAGGUGACCUAUCCGCUCAGCGCAUUAGUCCUCGGACGGGGACUCCUGGCAACCUACGGUAAAAUAGUUUUGCGACUUUAUGAUGGAGACCGCCAUAAGAAGCAACGGAAGCUGAUGAAUCCGGUCUUUUCCACCCGUAAUAUAAAACACAUGGUCACUCAAUUUUACUCGGUUUGCCACAAGCUAUGCGAUGCAUUAGCCUUCGAAUUGUCGGAAGAUGACAAGGAGAUUGACGUCCUGGCUUGGAUGUCCAGAACAGCGAUGGUACUCAUUGGUGAGGCCGGAUUGGGUUAUUCUUUCGAUCCCCUUACCGAGCAGAGGGAGAAUCGAUAUGCUAAUGCGGUCAAAGCUAUUGUGCCGGCGUUCGCCUCCAUUGCAAUUUUGCGCGAGCUCCUCCCAUGGGUGACUAUGCUUGGCAUACCUACUCUAUUUGAGCGCAUGCUCCCAUACAUACCGAUCAAGCGCGUGCAACACAUCCGGAAUAUCACGGCAACCCUUGAUGAGGCUAGCCAUGAGGUCUAUCAGAGCAAGAAAGAAGCAAUUCAGCGAGGAGAUGAUGCAAUCAUGCACCAACUCGGUCAAGGAAAGGACAUAAUGUCGAUUUUGUUGAGGGCAAACCUGAAGGCCUCCGAUAACGACCGCUUACCGGAAGCGGAAGUCAUUGCUCAAAUGUCGACUCUGGUCUUCGCCGCUACCGACACGACGACAAACGCUCUGUCACGGACUCUGUUCUUGCUCUCUCAAAAUCAGGACGUGCAACGCAGGCUCCGCGAUGAGAUAGUGCAAGCGAAAGCUGGACGUGAUGGUGAUUUAACGUAUGAGGAACUGGACACUCUACCGUACUUGGAUGCUGUUGUUCGAGAAACUCUCAGAUUACACCCUCCUGUUCCGUAUGUCUCUCGCAUGGCCACUCAGGACAUGACUCUGCCGUUGGCGAAGCCUCUCAAAGCGACCGACGGCUCGAUGCUGCAUCACAUCGCAGUCCCUCGCGGUACCAAACUCGUGAUAAGCUUUUGGGCUAUUAAUAGGUCGACAGCGUAUUGGGGCGACGAUGCUCUGGAAUGGAAGCCAGAGCGAUUCCUUCAACCUUUACCCCAGACACUCAUUGACGCGCAUAUUCCGGGGAUUUAUUCUAGUAUGAUGACGUUUGGUGGCGGAGGUUUCUCAUGCAUUGGUUCUAAGUUUGCUCAAUUGGAAAUGAAGGUUUCUCUUAGCCUGCUCGUUGAGCGCUUUGCUUUGACUAUGACCAAAACGGAGAUUCGCUGGAACAUGGCUCCAAUACAGGCAAGUCAAACGUUUCGCGAUCGAGAGCUCAUCUGA